AUGGGGCUGGACCCACUGUUCCAGGCCUGGAGCUACUUCAGGCGGAGGAAGUUCCGGCAGUGUUCGGAGCUUUGCUCGGAGCUGCUGGAGAGGCCACCCGGCGAGCAGGAGCCUGAUGCUGAAUACACAGUGUUUCAGGCUGCCUGGAGCCUGAAAACACGAGCUUUGACAGAAAUGGUGUACGUGGAUGAAAUUGAGAUGGAUCAAGAAGGAAUCGCAGAGAUGAUGCUAGAUGAAAAUUCCAUUGCUCAGGUCGCACGACCAGGAACAUCUUUGAAGCUCCCGGUAACUAGCCAAGGUGGAGGCCCCAGCCCAGCUGUUAGGCCGGUAACUCAAUCAGGAAGACCUAUUACAGGAUUUGUGAGACCCAGCACGCAAAGCGGACGUCCAAGCACUAUGGAACAGGCUAUAAGAACGCCUCGAACAGCUCUCACAGCUCAUCCAAUUACUAGUGCUUCUGGGAGAUACGGCAGGCUAGGAACGGCUUCAAUGAUAACAAACCCAGAUGGCCCCUUCAUAAAUCUGUCUCGACUGAAUUUAGCAAAAUAUGCUCAAAAACCAAAACUGGCAAAGGCAUUGUUUGAAUAUAUUUUUUACCAUGAAAAUGACGUAAAAAAUGCUCUGGAUUUGGCAGCCCUUGCCACUGAACACGCACAAUUCAAGGACUGGUGGUGGAAAGUCCAAAUUGGGAAGUGCUACUAUAGGUUAGGAUUAUUUCGUGAAGCCGAAAAACAAUUUAAGUCAGCUCUCAAGCAACAAGACAUGGUUGAUACAAUCUUGUAUUUGGCAAAAGUGUAUUUGCGCUUGGAUCAGCCUGUAACAGCUAUGAACCUUUUCAAGCAAGGGUUAGAUCGAUUUCCUGGAGAAGUAACUCUUAUUUGUGGAAUUGCCAGAAUCCAUGAGGAAAUGAACAAUAUCUCCUCGGCUGCAGAGUACUAUAAAGAGGUCUUAAAACAAGACAAUACUCACGUGGAAGCCAUUGCUUGCAUUGGCAGUAACCAUUUUUAUUCAGACCAACCUGAGAUAGCUCUGCGGUUUUAUAGACGGCUCCUGCAGAUGGGUGUUCAUAACUGCCAACUUUUUAACAAUCUGGGUCUCUGUUGCUUCUAUGCCCAGCAAUAUGAUAUGACACUAUCUUCAUUUGAACGUGCACUGUUUUUGGCUGAAAAUGAAGAGGAAACAGCAGAUGUGUGGUAUAACUUGGGACAUGUGGCUGUGGGAAUAGGAGACCUGAAUCUGGCUUACCAGUGUUUUAAGCUAACAUUAGUCAACAAUAAUGACUACGCAGAAGCUUACAACAACUUGGCUGUGCUGGAAAUGCAAAAAGGUCGCAUUGAACAGGCAAGAGCUUUGCUGCAGACUGCUUCAUCUUUAGCACCUCAUAUGUAUGAACCCCAUUUCAAUUUUGCGAUACUCUCAGAGAAGGUUGGAGAUCUUCAGAGGAGUUACAGUGCUGCUCGGAAGUCAGAAGAAGCAUUUCCAGGCCAUGUUGAUACACAACAGCUCAUCAAACAGCUAAAACAGCAUUUUGCUAUGCUCUGAUGAGCAUAUUAUUUAUGAUGUAAAAACAGUAGCCAAAGCAAAUGUCCCAUACAUCUUUUUGAAAGUACUAGCUCCAAGCA